CCUGUACUAGUAUUCGCGUAUUUUGUAGUAGUGGGAGGAGUUGGGUAUGUAAGGCUGUUGAACUGUCACGGUGGUGCAAGAACGCAAAAUGAAGCAGUGAAUCCCUCUGGAAUGUCCUGCGGAUGAUAUAUAGUUUGUCAUUUUCUUUGGCGUGUGAUAAUUAGAAAAAGUGAUGUUUGAGAAUUUUAGAGAACGACUGCUGACUGUUCAGCAGGAUUUGGCAACAGGGUUGAAGACACUGAGUGACAAAUCACGAGAUGCAGCAGUGAAGAAGAAAGAAAGGGGAAUUGAACAUCUUCCGAAGUUCUCUGCUGGUGUGGAAUUGUUAAGCAGGUAUGAAGAUACAUGGGCAACCCUCCACAGACAAGCCAUGGAAUGUGCAAAAGCUGGAGAGGUAGUGGAUGGUGAAGUGAUAAUGCUUUCUGCAUACUGGGAGAAGAAGAGGAAUGCCUUGUCGCAGCUGCACGAGCAACUGCAACACAUACCUGCCUUUGUAAUGGAUUUGAAGUGCAUCACAUCACGACUGGCUCAACUGGAAGCAGAUUUUGAGGAGUUAGAUGGUCAUCUGAAUCACCUGGAAGACCUCUGUAGACAGUGUGAGUUACAAAGGCUCAAGCACAUGCAGUCCCUGCAGCUGGAGAGCUACAAAAUGAAAAAGAGGAAAGCACUUGAAGCCAUCAAAGUUGAACUAGAUGCAGAUCAUGCCCAUAAAGUGUUAGACAUGGAACAUGCACAGCAGAUGAAGCUACGAGAACGGCAGAAGUUCUUUGAAGAAGCAUUUCAGCAUGAUAUGGAGCAAUACCUGUCAACUGGGUACUUACAGAUAGCAGAAAGACGAGAGCCCAUAGGAAGCAUGUCUUCAAUGGAAGUGAAUGUUGAUGUGUUGGAACAAAUGGAUCUGAUGGACAUGUCGGACCAGGAAGCAUUAGAUGUCUUUCUGAACACUGGAGGAGAAGAAAAUAGUGUCACCUCACCGACAUUAGGGCCAGAACCAGAUGCUUGUCCAAAUGAGAUAACUCUUAACGUUCCAAGCCAGUCAGAGCUGAGGCAGAAAUUCUGUUCACUGUCUUCGACAUGCACGGACUCUGUUAGCCAGGAUGUCAGUGAAGAAGGUGGAGAUUCCCCUGUUGUCCAGUCUGAUGAAGAAGUCGUCCAGGUUGACAACAUACUCGCUACUUUAAAUGCUGAUGCAAAAGAGAAUUCAGAUGGAAGUGACUAAAAAGGACUGACACUUGCUUUCAGAUUGCUCAAUCUACUUCACUGUGCUAAAAAGCUGAUUUUCAGACUGCUGUUGAACAAAGUGAGAACCACUGUUUAUUCAUCGGCUAACCCUCAAGUAUUUCUUUUCAGAGUGGGUCAUUCAGUAUGUAUGGUAUCUGAUUAAGCACAGCAGUAGCUGUUGCCAGAAGGUUGAGUGUUUCUUUCCAGAAUCAGAAACCAAUAAAAGUGUGUACCUUCCAAUAUAUUUUUCAGUAAAUUGCGUUUAUAUAUAA